CUAACUAGUUUGUCCCUGCGGCCGUCUCGUAGGCGACGCCGCGGCGCACCGAGGCUCCCGCGUCGCAUUGCCAUGGCUGCCCGUGGUGGCGUCGCCGCUGCCGGCGAGGGUCUGCGCUACGCCGAGUACUCGCCGCCGCCGACCACACGGCCGGACGCGGACGUGGACCAGGGACUGGCAAGAAGUUUGAUAGCUGUAGGACUGGGUGUUGCAGCUCUUGCGUUUGCAGGUCGCUAUGCAUUUCAAAUCUGGAAGCCUCUAGAACAAGUAAUCACAGAAACGGCAAAGAAGAUUUCCACUCCUAGCCUUUCAUCCUACUAUAAAGGAGGAUUUGAACAGAAAAUGAGUAGGCGAGAAGCUAGUCUUAUUUUGGGUAUAAGCCCAUCUGCUGGCAAGGCCAAGAUUAGAACAGCUCAUAGGAGAAUCAUGAUUUUGAAUCACCCAGAUAAAGGUGGAUCUCCUUACUUAGCAACCAAAAUAAAUGAAGCAAAAGACUUGCUAGAAGCAACCACGAAACAUUGACUGAUGCUUAAGAAUCAUUCUGAAGGAAAAAAAGGGGGAAUAUAAAACAAAAAAGUCCUGCAAAGUAGUCUAAACCACGGUGUUCAUAAUUUUCAUACAUGUACUGACCAUAAUCAUUUAUUCCACUAUUAAGGUAUAUAAUAAUAAAAGAUUAACAAUCUAUCUUUUAUUAUCCUUUUUUUUUUUUUUUAAGAUUUUAUUUAUUAGAGAGAGAGCACAAGCAGGAGGAGCCCGGCAGAGGAAGAGGGAGAAGCAGGCUCCCCACUGAGCAGGGCGCCUGAUGCGGGGCUCGAUCCCAGGACCCUGAGAUCCUGACCUGAGCUGAAGGCAGAUGCUUAACCAACUGAGACACCCAGACGCCCCUAUCUUUUUAUUAUCUUUAAAGGAACACCUUAAAAUUCUAUAACUGAUCUUCUUUCUUUAUUUUCUUUCUUUCUCUGUGAUAGUCAUACAUUUUAAGUUUUUGUUCCAUUAGUCCUAAGUUCCCCCAGCUCCCUGCCCUCACUCAAGUAUCAUCAUCAGUAAUGUGGGAAUUAUGAGCAAUAAGUAGAAAUUUUCUUACUGCUGAUACUUAUAUUCACAUUGUCCCUUGUUUCCUUAGAGGACUUAAGUACUCUGCCUUUGUAAGGUUUUGAGAUCAAACACUGCCAUCCCAUAAGAAAGUGAUCGGAAACGCAAUCAAAAUUACUAAAUGGUGUUUUGUAAAAUAGUGGUUAGGACUUGUUCAAGAACUGUGUUCUGUCUGAGACCCUAUAACUGAAGCAUGAGAACUUGGAGAGCUACUAAAAUGAUUAAAGAUUUGCAAAAUGAACCCUGUGAGGAAAGGCUGAAAAAGAGGUAGAAGAAGUCUGAGGAAUUUGUCUUUAAUUAUAGCCUUCCAGUACUGUAUAUUUAUUCAAUUAUUCAUUCUGCAAAUAUUUAUUGACUACCUCUAAUGUAUAAGGCGCUGUAGUGGGUCCUCUGAGAGUUACAGGUGUGAACCAACCAUGGAUCAUGACCCCAAAGAAGUUACAUUUAGAGGAAAGGUAAAUCACACUAUUAGAGAAGUACAGGUGAUAUGUUAAAGAAGUUCAAAGAAGAAAAGAAUAUUUUAAACUGAGAGCAUAAAGGAGGCGGUUCAUAGAAUAAGUGGCAUGAGAGCUGGGCUUUAAAUACAAUUAAUAAGAGAUAUACCACCAUGAUUGGUGAGUCAGUGUUGUUUCCCCUGCGAUCAGUCACAAUUAGCAGAAAUAGGAUUUAUUAGUGUGAUUAGAGUACGGGGUUUUUCAAAAGAAAUGUACGGACACGUGAUCUUGAAGGACCAGCCCUUUAAUUUACACUGCAUAUCAUCUCCCCAAUCGCCUCCAGUCAUCAUCACGUUACUAUCCCAAAGCUGAGAAACCAGAUUCAGAUACAGGGUACCAGCAUAAUUUUCCAGUACUCCUUUACAAAUCCUGGGUCAUCCCAGGUAAACUGAACCACUGUAUUUUGUCUAUCUUAAAAUACUUUUUAAAUACUGUGAAGAAGCCACUGCAUGUGGCUGGCCAGUCAGUCCUGGCUUUGGCUGGGAGGUUCACCAGGGCGGUCAGCCAGGAGCCUCAGUUGCUCUCCACAUAGGCUUCUCCACAGGGCUGUGGGGAGAAGCAUCAUCACACUAUGGCAGCUGUGUUACAAGAGGAAGUGAAGAGACAGGAAGUGGAAGCUGCAAACUCAAGCUGGGUCUUGGCAGUGGUUCUGAUAGGCAUUGAGCCUGCCUAGACUCAAAGGGAGAGGAUACAGAGGAUCGUGAAAAAAUUGGUGGCCAUUUUUAAUACGUAGCAGGGCAGAGUUUAGAUUUCUGCCCCCCUUACUCAAAUCAGUUAAGGUAUUGCUUUAAAAGUUUUGUCAGGAGUGUAGAACUCAAGUAAACUAGAGUAGUUUCAGAUGACUCAAGUACUACUCUAGGUAGAUAUUAAUUCAGUAGUCAUUCUAUAAAAGGCGUUGUACUUAUGAAAUUGGGUUUUAAAAACUACCCACCCUCAACUCCUUAUUAUCUGUAAAAAGCUUAUUUGAAUGGUUACUUAUCCUCAGUAAAGAUGGCUCUUACAUAUUUGCUGUCAUUGCAUAUUCUUAAGUUCUUUGUUGAUAUUGCAGUUUCUGUUUAUUCUUACAACUUAGAUGCAAUCUGAGAAAGCAGGAAA